CGCUUUCCGUCCGUACUACGAAAAACUAAAAACUAGCAGAAUUUAAUACUCUAUUCCAUAUUUGGUUUUACCUUCAUCAGACUUCAUCAAUUUAUUUCAUUAAAGGUGUUUCAAACCCUAAAAGUGAUUGAAAGUAUUGUUUUUAAGCGACAUUUAGAAUAUUAAAGGUUAAAGUGAAGCAACCUUGACCGAGACCGGUUGUCGGUUAUGUACAAAAAAUUACUUUCCCUUAAGUUCUUUUACCGGCGCGGCUAGGUAAUUUGAACGGCAGACCGAAGAAAAUACUGUAUGAUUUUUUAUUCGAGGAGAAGCAUUCAGUAAAAAAUGGGACAGCGAGUGUCGAGAACUGACUUCGAGUGGGUUUUCACGGAGGAACCACAUGCUAGUCGUCGAAAAUUGAUUUUGGAAAAAUAUCCCCAGAUAAAAAAUUUAUUUGGAUACGAUCCUAAUUUCAAAUGGGUAGUAACAGGAAUGGUUCUAGUUCAAUUUUUAUCAAUGUUUAUAGUAAAAGAUUUGAGUUAUCCUAUACUUUUGUUAUUGGCAUACUGCUUUGGCGGAAUUAUAAAUCACUCAUUAAUGUUAGCUAUCCACGAGAUCGCUCACAAUCUGGCCUUUGGUCAUGCAAGACCCAUGGCCAAUAAAAUGUUUGGCUUUUUCGCAAACUUGCCAAUCGGAAUCCCUAUCUCGAUCAGUUUUAAAAAAUAUCAUCUUGAGCAUCAUCGAUACCAGGGUGAUGAAAAAUUAGAUACAGAUCUUCCAACUCUGAUGGAAGCGAAAUUAUUUUCCACUACUUUUGGAAAAUUCUGCUGGGUCUGCUUACAGCCUUUCUUCUACUCUUUUCGCCCUUUAAUCACGUAUCCUAAGGUGCCAACGAAUUUGGAGUAUAUCAAUUUAGUCAUUCAACUUAUCUUUGAUGGAAUCGUCUGGUAUUACUUGGGUGGUAAAGUUUUAGUUUACCUUAUUUUUGGAUCAGUUAUGGCAAUGGGUAUUCAUCCAGUAGCUGGACACUUUAUAUCUGAACAUUAUAUGUACAAGAAAGGUUUUGAGACCUAUAGUUAUUACGGACCUCUGAAUUUCAUAACAUUUAACGUUGGAUACCACAACGAACAUCAUGAUUUCCCUGCUGUGCCAGGUUCAAGAUUGCCAGAGGUGAAGCGUAUAGCAUCAGAAUUCUACGACAAUUUGCCACAUCAUGACUCUUGGGUUUCCGUUUUGUACGAUUUUGUAAUGGACCCAGAAAUCGGACCAUAUGCCCGAAUUAAAAGAAAGCAUAGAGGUCUGGAAUCAUAGGACUCUAUAUUAAAUUAUUUUCCGAUGUACUUUGUAUUAUUAACUACAAAUCACUGAGUCAUCCAGAGAAAUGUAUUUAAUAUUGUUAUUUUUCUACUACUUGUGCCUCCAGAACGACCGAUACAGCUUCUAAAGCAGAAAUUCAAAAUACAGUGAAACUCCAGCCGCCGUAAUUAUAAUUUUUUUUCUAUUUAGAAUUAAAAGUUCAGAAAAAGCAGAUAAGAUAAUUGAUUAUCCAAUUCAACUUCCACUCAUAUAAGUUAACUAAUUUCAAAAUGCUUUACAAAAAUAAUUUUCUAAGAAAAGGUAAACUCUCUGCAUAAAAGCUUCCUGUAAAUAAUUAUAAACUCUAUAAUUUGUAUAGAAUAAGGUGAAAUUUGAAAUGAUUUUAGGGAUCGUCAAUAAACUACGUUACCGAUUAGUACAUUUAGUUCGUCAAUUUAUGAUGAAAAUCACUUUCUUAAUUUAUUCUUAAAGAAUAUCUCUUUUUCUUCUGUUUUCAAGAAAUUCCCCCUUCUUUUCGAUUUU